AUGUUAGGACACAAGGAUUAUCUCUUUCAUCGAUUGCUAGCUCAAGAACUGCCCUAUUCUUCUUUCCGCUUUGACUUUCGAGGUAAUGGUGAAAGCACAGGCCAACCAGGAUAUGCAAAUAUGAAAGAAGAUGUAGAAGAUAUCCACACAGUAGCUGAAUAUUUUGAAAAUCAACUUGGAUAUGAGAUUUAUGCAGUUAUUGGACACUCGCGUGGUUCUGUGGCAGGACUUAAAUACGCCACUAGCUGUGAAAAGCCCUUGAGCUUCUUUGUGAACAUAUCAGGACGUUAUAAAAUGAACGAUAAUCAAAUCCAUAGAAAUAGACCUGAAAUAGGUGCUGCAUUAAAGGCACAAGGGUAUUUUGAUUGGCGUGUGAGACAGAGAGACCGAAUUGUGACCAUCAAAGUAACUCAAAAAGACGUGGAUCGAUUCACUUCAUGGUCAAACGAACAUGUCGCAAGGAUGCCACUGUCCACUUGUGUAUUGACAGUCCAUGGUCUGAAGGAUAAUAUCGUUCCUCCUUACAAUGCAGCAAUGUUUGCAAACAAAAUCCCCAACCACACACUUGUGCUCCUUCCAGAAGGCGAUCACAACUUUAAGGGGCAAUUUGAACAUGUUGUAAAAGCAGUCGUCGAUUUCUUUGCAAAACAUGAAAAGGACGAUUUUCGCAAAGUCAUGGGUAUGGGACAGCAUACAGGUCUAGUCUUGCCUCGUUGGAUAGACGUUGAAGGUGUAAGGAAUUUCAGAGAUAUUGGUGGCUGGCCCGUUCAAGGUGGAAAUGGAUACAUACGAGAGCGUACCGUGUUUCGCUCUGGACAGUAA